CGUGGGCUGUGGGAGUGCAGAGAGGGGACAGGAUAGUGUCACUGCACUGACCACUGCGACUGGUGGCCAGGACUGGGUCCGAUCCCACAGAGUACCCGGGUUAGUUGUCCAUCUGCGCCAAGUCCUUGGAAGGUCAGCGCCCGGUAGGCAGGCAGAGCUGGGAGCUUCUUGAGCCCUGCAAUCACCUUGGAGACAGAAAGAACCAGUGGCUCUAAGAGGACAGGAGGAACGCGCAGAGGCGAGCGCGCUGAAGGACUGCAGCUCCAGGGUGACUGCAGUCCCUUCCCCAUCUACCUGUGAAAGAUGUCGAGUGAGUAUUCCCCGGAGAAGAAUUUCCUUAAUCUGAUCUUGUGCUUCAGGCCCAGGCUGAAGCAAUACAUCCAGGUGGAACCUGUGCUGGACUACCUGACUUUCCUGGGGAGAGUUGAGAAAGAACGUAUACAGCGCACUGCUGUUACCGAGGGGAACGCGGCAGCCGCAGAGUUACUCUUGAGCACCUUGGAGAAAGGGACCUGGGGGCCUGGCUGGACUGAGGAGUUUCUCACAGGACUUAAGAAUGGGGGCUGCUCCUUAGCUGCUCGCUAUGUGAGUCCAGACCUCGCUGACUUGCCCUCGCCAUCUUUGGAGUCCUGUUAUGAUCAGUGCGUCCAACUGCUGGACAUUUUGCAACCCACCCUGGUCGACAAGCUUCUAGCUACUGAUGUUGUGGACAGAUGCUUGGAGAAGGCUCUGCUAACAAAGGAAGACAGAAAUCGGGUUGUUCUUCUUGGUGAAAAUCAUGGAAAUGAAUGUGCUGUCAGGGAACUACUAAGUAGAAUAGUGCAAAAAGAAGAUUGGUUUUCUAAAUUUUUGAGUAUCCUUCGUGAAACUGAGUAUUUUCAACUUGCUGAAGACCUCACAGGCAUUGAUCACUUGGAAGACAAUGAAGAGAUUAAGGAAAAUGGAAUUGAGAAAUUACCCCCAAAGGAUGAUCAUGUCAUUGAAGAGACACUUAUUUCUUUAUCGGAUCAACAAGAGCAAGAAAACAAUGGCCUAACUGUUGAAAGUGAUGAAUUGGAAUCAUCUUUUGCAUAUUCUUCUUUGGUUUCAGAAUCAGACACAAGUUUGGCAGAAGGAAGUGUCAGCUGCUUAGAUGAAAGUCUUGGACAUAACAGCAACAUGGGCAGUGUUUCAGGCACCAUGGGAAGUGAUUCAGAUGAUGAGAAGCAAAGAGCAUCUCCUGAGCCAGAACUAGUCCUCAGGUCUUACCAAAUGGAAGUGGCCAAACCAGCUUUAGAAGGGAAGAAUAUUAUUAUAUGCCUCCCUACAGGAAGUGGCAAAACAAGAGUAGCUGUUUACAUUGCCAAGGACCACCUAGAUAAGAAGAAAAAAGCAUCAGAACCUGGAAAAGUUAUGGUGCUUGUGAAUAAGGUACCAUUAGUUGAACAGCACUUCCGCAAAGAGUUUAAUCCAUUCUUGAAGAAAUGGUAUCGUGUCAUUGGAGUAAGUGGUGAUUCCCAACUGAAAAUAUCCUUCCCAGAAGUUGUAAACUCCCAUGAUGUUAUUAUCAGUACUGCUCAAAUCUUGGAGAAUUCCCUUUUGAAUUUAGAGAAUGGAGAUGAUGAUGGUGUCCAGUUAUCAGACUUUUCCCUCAUCAUCAUUGAUGAAUGCCAUCAUACCCACAAAGAAGCUGUCUAUAAUAAUAUAAUGACACGUUAUCUGAAACAAAAGAUGAAGAACCGUCAGUUCAAGAAGGAAAAUAAGCCAGUGGUACCUCAACCUCAAAUACUUGGACUGACAGCUUCACCUGGUGUGGGAGGGGCCAAUAAGCAAGCUAAAGCUGAAGAACAUAUUUUAAAAAUAUGUGCUAAUCUUGACGCAAGUACAAUUAUCACUGUUAAAGAAAAUGCUGGCCUCUUAAAAGAACAAGUGAAGGAACCUUAUAAGAAGUUUGUGAUUGCAGAUGACAACAGAGAAAAUCCAUUUAAAAAGAAACUUCUAGAAAUAAUGGCAAACAUUCACACCUUUUGUCAAAUGAAUCCAAGAUCUGAUUUUGGGACACAAACCUAUGAACAAUGGGUCAUUCAGCAAGAGAAAAGAGCUGCAAAACAAGGGAAUCGCAAAGAUCGUGUUUGUGCAGAGCAUUUGAGGAAGUACAAUGAAGCCCUACAAAUCAAUGACACAAUCCGAAUGAUUGAUGCGUACCGCCACCUCAGAAGUUUCUAUAAUGAUGAAAAGGAGAAGAAGAUAGCAGCCCAAGAAUAUGAUAGUGAGGAGGACGAGGAGGAUGACAAUAAAAGGAAACUAUUGAAAUUAGAUGAAACAGACACCUUUCUUCUAAAUUUAUUUUAUGAAAAUGAGAAAAAACUGAAAAAACUGGCCAUCACUCCAGAUCACGAAAAUGAAAAACUGACCAAAUUACGAAACACUAUAAUAGAAGAAUUUACUAAAACUGAUGGAUCUGUAGCCCGAGGAAUAAUCUUCACCAAGACUCGGCAAAGUGCAUUUGCUCUCUCUCAGUGGAUUAACGACAUUCAAAAAUUUGCAGAAGUAGGAGUAAAAGCUCACCAUCUGAUUGGGGCUGGAAACAGCAGUGAAUUUAAACCCAUGACACAGAAUGAACAAAAGGAAGUAAUUAAUAAUUUUCGUACUGGAAAAAUAAACCUGCUUAUUGCUACCACAGUAGCUGAAGAAGGCCUGGAUAUAAAAGAAUGUAAUAUUGUUAUCCGUUAUGGUCUUGUCACCAAUGAAAUAGCCAUGUUACAGGCCCGAGGUCGAGCUCGAGCUGACGAAAGCACAUAUGUAUUGGUGGCAAGUGGUGGCUCAGGAGUUGUUGAACGUGAAAGUGUUAAUUUGUAUCGUGAGAAGAUGAUGCAUAAAGCUAUUGACCGGGUUCAAAAUAUGAAGCCAGAGGAAUAUGCUCAUAAGAUUUUGGAGUUACAAAUGCAAAGCAUAAUGGAAAAGAAAAUGAAAACUAAGAAAAGUCUUGCAAAGCAAUUCAAGGACAAUCCAUCACAAAUAACCUUCCUCUGUAAAAACUGUAGUGUGCUGGCCUGUUCUGGAGAAAACAUCCAAGUAAUUGAGAACAUGCACCAUGUCAACAUGACACAGGAAUUUAAGAAACUCUACAGUGUAAGAGAAAAUAAAGCACUACAAAAGAAAUUCGCAGACUAUCAAAUAAAUGGUGAGAUCAUUUGCAGGCAGUGCGGCCAGGGCUGGGGAACUAUGAUGGUGCACAAAGGUUUAGAUUUACCUUGUCUCAAAAUAAAAAAUUUUGUGGUGGCUUUUAAAAAUAAUUCUCAAAAGAAACAGUACAAAAAGUGGGUGGAAUUGCCUAUAAUGUUUCCAAAGCUUGACUACACAGAACAUUGCAUGUUUAGUGAUGAAGAUUAAUACGGACUUAAUAUUCUUUCAAUUCUUUGAACUUUAUAUUUUUUGCAAAGAAUACAGGGUCUUCGUUUUUUUUUUCUUUUUUUUUGUGGGGCAGUGAGGGUUAAGUGACUUGCCCAAGGUCACACCACUAGUGUCAGGUAUCUUAGACCAGAUUUAAACUCAGGUGCUCCUGAAUCCAGGGCCAGUGCUUUAUCCACUGUUCCACCUAGCUGCCCCCAUGGGUCUUAUUUUUUUUUUUUUUGCAAUGAUUGCAGCAGAGCAAUGGAAGAACAAAUGAGAAAUUUCUCUAAAUCAUUUUGUGCUCUUUGAAGAAUUUGAUUAAUGUAGGAGCUAGCAUCAUACAAUGCUCAGAAAACUAGAAUAAGCUUCAUUUGAAACGUACUACCCUCGUAUUCUCUGUGAAAGUCAUGACAAUCGGCAGGAAAAUUACCAAAAAAGACAGGAACUCAGAAGGAAAAGAAAUGCAAGAGAGAAGUCCUAGAUAGUCAGAACUUAAAUAAAUAAUACAUUCUUCUAUAUGAGUCAUUGCCAUUAUUUAUUCCCAAGUUUCCUGAUUUCUGCUAAUUUAUGCCAAAAGAGAUCAUUUUUACCUCUUUCUUUUCAGGAAUGGCCGCCUUCCUGUGGCUAUUUCCUAGUUCCUAUAAAAGUCAAUGAGAACAACCAAAUAGUAGUUAUGUGAGUCACUGAACAUUCCCCAAGUUGACAGAACACCCCUGUUAAAAUACUUCUCUGUGAUACUCCUCCCUUUUCCCCAAAAAGGGAGAACCAGCAACUACUGUCAGUCUUUAUCAAUGAGCAAUAAUUACCAAAUUCCUUCAGCUGAUUUGCUACAAGAAUGUAGUUCUCUCCUGAUGUGUUAAGAAGAGGAAUUUUGGCUACGUAUUGAAGAUUCUUCCUUCAGCUCUACUGGUUUUUCAGUUUAGUGAUAUAAAUUAAUUAGCACCAUGUUCUUUGGAUUUUUUUCUGAUGAUAUCUAGAUCUGGAUGGAUAUUGAUCAAAAAGAUUUAUCAUAUGAAAUGCAAAAAGGACAAAUUAAUCUAUUCCACCCCAUCCCAUCACCCACCCAUGCCUUACUCAAACCAAACCAAACCAAAAAAUGCCUCCAAAGAACUCCAAUAGACUACACAGAAAGUAGAACAUUCUUCAAGUAGCAUCUGGAAACUCUACAAGAACUUCUUGUUGUUAUUCAGUUGUUUGAGUUGUGUUUGACUCUUUGUGACUCCACAUGAGGUUUUCUUGGUGAAGAUACCACAGUGGUGUGUCAUUUCCUUCCCCAGCUCAGUUUAUAGAGGAGGAACA